AUGCCACCAUCAACUCUCAUAAUUCUUCCAUGCCAUUCCAUUUACAUAGGAGAUGGAAAUCUUCCUAAAGCAGUACUUCAUAAUCCAAAAGAUAAUGGUCCAGGAUCGAAAGAGGAAGAAUGGAUCUUGGCAUCAUUCCAGAAAGAGGCUCAGGAUCAGCACUGUCUUCUUAAGCAUCUUUACACAUCGAUAAAUCUUCUCUCUGACAAUUUAUUGGAUUCAUUAUUGGUUAUAUCUGGUGGAUAUACAAAGCCGGAAACACGAAAAUCAGAGAGUUUCAGCUAUCUCCAAGUUGCACGUGAACGCGGCAUUGUUGAUGAUAAUUUAGAGAAGUCAAUUCUGCUUGAGCAAUAUGCCAGAGAUUCAUAUGAGAAUGUAUUAUUUUCGCUAUGCACAUUUCGGCAAGCAGCUGGGGUGUGGCCAAAGCACAUUAAGAUUGUUGGUUUCGAGUUCAAGAGAGAGCGUUUUUUGAACUUUCACAUCCGGACAUUGCAAUUUCCUGCUGCAAAUGUUGAAUAUAUUGGAAUUGGGCCAGAAUAUCCGCCAGCUGAAUAUUUUGGUGUAGAUGAUGCCACAUAUGAAAAGAACAGAAAGAAGUACUUUGAAGAUACCUUUGCCUCAGAGAACAAGUAUGCAAUCAAGCCAUUUUCCAAGAACGAGUUUGGGUGUUUAGGUUCAGUUUUGCAUGACAAGAAGGAAAAACGGGAUCCGUUUAAUAGAAGUGAGCAAAUUAUUGCAAAUUAUACUAUAGCUGGUGAAUCAGCCAUCAAUUCACUCUUGAAUCUUGAUAACCUUCCAUAUAACGAGGCAAGAGUCUUGUACAAUGAUAAAUGCGCUGGAAAGUUCCCCUGGAGAAUAUAA